AGGCAGUUUUCUUUGAAAUAAAAACAAACCUUAUUCGAUCGCUUCCGCGUUUAGUCACAGGUUUUCGUUGAUAACUCUCUAGUUUAAUCCAUAUUUAAAUCCAAUAGCCACUCCUAGCCAUGUUUAUUAAACCGUUCAAAGUGAAAAGUAACAUUCUAAUAACCGGAUCGGAACGUAAGCGCCUAAAGCAACGUGCCCAAGCUCAGUUUGGCGUCUCGGAGUCUUCGCUGUUGGCGGAACUGUUUGGCAACAAAUGCAAGGUUUGCGUAGUUAAAAUUGUAACCUACAGCGAGACGGCGGUCACUGUAUAUACCAGUGACAAGCGGCCAAUAUUUUUCGAGAUGGAUAGUAAGCUGAUUCCGACGGUUUAUACUCUGUGGAGCUGCGUCGAUCUGGUUCCGUAUUUUACCACUCAUGCUGCAGUUCUUCCGAAGUUAGCUAACGGAGCGGAUCUAAUGAUUCCUGGCGUUGUGCGAAACGGUAGCGAUUUAAAAUCUUGGGGAAACUAUCGGAAGGAUGACGUGGUUGCCGUUAAUUUGACUUCAAACCGUGCUGCUGUGGCAGUUGGAUUAUUGGCUCAUUCGAGCGAUGAUCUGUACAUGUGCGGUGGUCACGGGGUUUGCGUACGAGUGUUGCACGUUUUCGGCGACAAACUUUGGGGAAUGGAACCAUCCAUGUGUCAGCAGGUACCGCUGCAAGGUGCCACACAAGCGGUGCCUAAAGAUGAAGAUUUUCCUCCCCUGGGAGCGCCAUCGGGGCCAGAUAAACAAAAGGAUAUGGCUGAUGUGGUGAAGCAAUUGGAAGAAACGGGCAUCGAUUGCGCUGAAGAUCAAGCUGAAGAAGAGAAUUCGGAAUCGGAGGUGGAGGAGGAAAGUGUUUCAGAUCCAGAUAAACUCGUGAAAGCGGCUUUCCUGAAUGCACUCAAAAUUCAUGGGAAAAAGGUUCCAUUACCUAUCUUGACUAGCACUUUCUAUCCACAGUACGUUCAGCCGGAACUUCCUGAAGGCCUUGAAAUGAAGCAUACUUCUUACAAGAAGGUAGGAACGUUUCUAAAACGGAUGGCUGAAGAUGGUCUAAUUCAAAUUAAGGAGGAGAAAAAGGGUGUUGAAAAAAUUACGACUAUUAGUCUAGACCAUCCUGAACUGGUAUCAUUCUACCCAUAUAAAGCGAAAAAAGCCGUUGAUUCUGAUGUUACCAGUUCAACUGAACAAAAUGCAUCCACUCCGUUGUUGUUAACGAAGAUGGUGGAAAUGUACGCCGUCAAUGUGGGGACAGAAAAACUCUUUGCGUGCCUUGGGGUUCCGGUGGGGCGAGCUCUGGACGAGAUACAAGUACGAAACCACAUCAAAGACUAUGUCGGUAGAUACAAGCUUUUAGAUCAACCUAGCAAAAUGGUGACAUUAGAUGAAACGUUACUACAAAUAUGCGGAACGGGAACAACGCAGUUGACCUUACCGGAUCUUACCAGUCUGAUCCUUCGGCAGAUGACUAAUACGUUUGAAAUGCGCAGUCAGAAAGGACCGGUGCUGAAAGGGGGAAAGCGAUCGAUUAUCCACCUUACGACUGCAACGCGUUCAGGCAACAAAAAAGUUACGCUAAUCAGUAACCUCGAAGAUUACGGGGUUAAUUUGGCCGAAUUUGCUAAAGCGGUCAAGUUGGGUGCGGCGGCUAGCACUAGCAUGACCGAGGUACCCGGAACCAAGGGCGAACAACUGCUGGUGCAAGGUAAUCACAUUAAAUUUGUGUACGAUCUGUUGACGGGAACAUAUCAGAUUCCGAAGGCUUGCAUCACCGGACUGGAGUUUGCCAAGGAUUCCAAAAAGAAGAAGAAAAAGUAAGGUAGGUUUUGGGGUGCGCAGAAUAUAACCUUGUGAUAUGGCACAGAGAAAA